UCACACAGCUCAUAAUAUUUCAUUUCUUCUCAAUACGUUGGUUGUCACACGCAUCUUCCUAUUUCAAGUAAAAUAGUAAAACGACGUCGUAUUAAGAAAAAGCCUUCAAAAAACGACACAGCCCUCUCUUUUCCCUCUCCUCAAUCUUCCUCUUUAAAAAUCUCUCCCCAAAUUCCUCACAGAUUCCAUAAGAUUCAUCUUCAAUUCUCUCCACAGCCAUGGACGGCGGCAGAAUCGGCCUGAGCAGCGCUCUGUGGCGGUCGUUCAGAAACGGCGAUUUCGAAGAAGAAGACGUCUGGCAUGUUCUCAACGACAAAUCCACAACCACUUCAGAAACCUUCGAUCAUUCCAAAUUCUCCAGCGAUUCAUAUGUUUUUGAAUCCGACUUUCUUCCGUCCGCUUCCAGAAUGAUCCCGAGGCCGAACGGCGGCGGAUAUACUCAGAUUGUGCCGAGAUCGGCUCCUCGAUCGAUACCGCAGUGGUUCAAACGUGAGGGAAGUAGAAACCCUAGGACAGUGGGAUUGGAACAGGACGAUGAGGAUGGAGUUGACGGCGAUGGCGGCGACGGCAGCGAUAGCGCGGAGGAGGACGAAGAAGAAGAAGGAUUUGAUAACAGAGUUCCGCCGCAUGAAUUAAUAGCGAAGAGAUUGGCUAGGGCUCAGAUCUCGUCGUUCUCUGUGUUUGAAGGAGUUGGAAGAACUUUGAAAGGGAGAGAUCUGAGUAAAGUAAGAAAUGCUGUUCUUAACAAAACUGGAUUUCUCGAAUCGCUAUAAUACACCCAAAAUUUGGGGAUAUGUGAAUAGUUUUUUUUCCCCUUUUUAGUUGGGGGUAUUUUUGACAUUUUUAUAUUCUACUUUUUUCCAUUUUAGUUUAAAUACUAUUUUUCUCUCAAAAUCUUAUUAUCGACGUUCAUAUUUUAAUCUU